GCUUCCAUCAGGUUAGGUUGACGCUGGCCUUCUUCCCCCCCCCCUCCUCCGGGUGCUCUGCGAAGAGGGAGAAGGUUUAUUUUUAAAUUUAAUCUUCGAGGGGGGGAGGGCUUUGCUUCUUUUAACAAAAAAAGGGGUAAAUGUGAAGAUUUGUUUUUCUGAAGUGAAAGUGGAUUUUGUUUGAUUUUUGGAUGGUGGUGGAGGCCGCGCGGUCCAGUUUGUGGAGCCAGUGAGUGUGAGAUGAGGAGAGGGAAGCCGUGCGCCGGCAGCCCGCACUGCCUCUGGUUACUGACGGCGGCCUUGGUGACGGCCCGCUGCUGCGGCGCUGUCGGCGGCCAGGGCGACAAGGUGAUCUGGGCCAUCAACGCCGGCGGGGAGGCUCACACCGACAUCCACGGCAUCCACUUCAAGAGGGACCCGCUGGAAGGCAAAAUAGGCAGGGCAUCGGACUAUGGAAUGAGGUUGCCUAUUUUUCGGUCAGUGCCUGAGGAUCAAGUUUUGUAUCAAACUGAACGCUACAAUGAAGAAACCUUUGGAUAUGAUAUUCCAAUUAAAGAGGAAGGCGACUAUGUGUUGGUUCUGAAGUUCGCUGAAGUAUAUUUUGCUCAGUCUCAACAGAAGGUCUUUGAUGUGAGACUAAAUGGACAGCACGUAGUAGUGAAAGAUUUGGACAUAUUUGAAAAAGUGGGACACAGCACAGCACACGAUGAACUGGUAUCUUUCACUAUUAGAAAAGGAAAACUCAGCGUUCAAGGAGAAGUGUCUACAUUCAAUGGGAAACUACUCGUAGAAUUUGUCAAGGGUUACUAUGACAACCCUAAAGUCUGUGCCAUAUGCAUCAUAAAGGGAACAGUGGAGGAUGUUCCCAAACUCCUGCCUCAUCCUGGUCUAGAAAAAAAGGAAGAAGAAGAAGAAGAGGAAGAUUAUGAAGAGGGUAAUGAGAAGAAGACGUUAAGCAAAAAGAAGGUGAAGUCGGGACCUCGAACUCCAGACCCAUACGCCUCAGACAACAGCAGCCUAAUGUUUCCCAUUUUAGUUGCCUUUGGGGUCUUCAUUCCCACCUUGUUUUGUCUCUGUCGAUUAUGAAGGAUACACUUCGCAUGUACCGUGGUGCUUGUGGGUGAGGAGCUUUGUCACAGCGUGAGGGCAGUCUGUUUAAAGCAGUUUGUUUCUGUUCCCUCUAUUUUCAGAAACGAGGAGGGAAAGGAAGAGAAGUGGUUUGUAUCGACGUUUGAAGGCUUGAAUUGCAAUAAGUUUUUUUUGUUCAUAGAUAUUUGUUCCCAUUUUUUUGUUUUUGAAAACUCCUGCAAUAAUUCUCAAGUAUAAAAUUGAAAGCCCCAAAUAGCUGAAUGCCUGAAGCCAGUAGCUGGAACAAAACUGUUUCUGUUGCAUUUUAGCUACGAUUAAGGUAUAAUUUAAAGGACUUGUAGGUUAGACUGGGGAAAAAAUGUACCAAUUGUCUGAACGUAGUCUAUACGUAUAUGAACUAUUUACCGUUAACAGUUUAAGGAAACCCACAAGUCCACUGGUAAAACUUGAAUGGAGAAUUUUAAGUGAAAUAGGUACUAUAGGCAAAUUAAUUGCGAUUGACCCGUAUGUAUUUUUGUUUUGAAUCGUUCCACCCCCUCCUUUGCUGUACCAUGUCUAUCUACACUUGGGCAUUGGCAUGAAGGAUUUUUUUCUUGAAUAAUGAACUGUCAGUGUAUUAAAGCAAUCGGAUUUAACUGGUAUCUCAGCUGCUUAGAGAAUGGGAUGCGUACAAGGUUUUGAAAGUUUGUGAAAAAGACAAUGUUCAUUUCACAAGCGUCUUGUGGUUUCACCCAGUGGUUUGGUACAGUGUUCAAAGAUAAUUCCACAAUGAUUUUAAGGAAUGGUGUCCCUUUUGUUGACCUACUUUGCUGGACUAUAAUAACAAAUUUUCUUAAUUUCAAAAAUAUAAACAAUAUAUAGCAAUUCUGUCAGCACCUGAAAAAAACAAAAUGUUUUAGACUUGGGUACUUAGAACUGAAUUAAUCCAUAUUCUUUCUUAAGUAUUGAUGGGCCUGCUGUAUAUUUCCAGUAUCCCCUGUUUUUAUUCCAGAUUUUCAGCAUUUACAGUUCUUAAAUUCUUCCUCAUUUUAUUUCCAUUCUCGAGUUUUUGAAAUGGAUUGUAUGAUAAGAACAGUAAAAUUUGACAUUCCAAAACUCUAAUUCAUACAAAAAUAAAAUACUACAGAUGCUGGAAACCUGAGGCACAAGCAGAAACAACUCGAAAUACACAGACAUCGGCCAGCAUCAUCUCCCCCCCUCUCUCUCUCUCUCUCUCUCCCUCUCAAAACGGCAUUUAAUGUUUUCUGCUGACUUACUGAAUAGAUCUUUAACAAGGCCCAUCUGAGUGAUCAUAUACCAGUUAUGAUUACACAGCUGUUCUCUGGCAGUGUUUUCCUAAACCUUUCAGAAGUGGCACAUGUAGUCUGCUGCCAGCUGUAUUGAAAAAUUUGAGUCACUUACUUGAAAAAAUAUGUACACCCAAAAAAAAAAAUUGUCGAUUUGAUAUCUGUAUCUGGUUUACGUCCAGGUCCAUUAAUGGUGACUGCACAGGAGCAGUGAAGCCUAGUGUCACACCAGAAGCGCACAGAACCAUAGCGUGGGUUUAUUCUCACUCCACUCAGUACCUAAUAUGAGUUGUGCUAAUUGGGGGUUGUGCUGAGUGGAAAUUGCAAUGUCUCCGUAAAAAGGAGAACCAGAGGGUAGAGUCGAGCUGGAUCAUUCUUGGCAGCUGACUACAGUGGGUAGUGUUUGUGCUUUUGAAGAAAGGAUUUUACCUGUGCUCUUGGCAACAGAGAUACCAAGGCCAAACAGACCCAAAAAUGGGAAAUCAUCUCCAAGUUGUUUUAUAAUUGUAUCUUCCUGCUCCCCACCCCCCACCCCUCCAGGGGCUGGUAUUCCUAGCCUCUUUACCACUCUGGUGCCUACUUCCAUUUUAUUAGAAUGGGUUUUUGCAUUGGCUCAUUAUAAGGACAGGGUACUUUGCUGCCAAAUCAGGCUUUGACACCCACACAAAGCAGUGGCCUCAAAUUUUAGUCACUUCGGAUAUCCAACAAAUUGUAAAUUAUGUAAAAUGCUGCCUGAGCUGAAAUUUGGAGCCUGUAACCAACAUGAACAACUUAAGAGGGGAGAGUUUGGGGUUUUUAGAUCUUUCAAAAGUUUAGAUUACACGUCAGGUGAAGCAACAAAGAAGGGAUAUUGCAGAUAUUUGGCAUUUCAGUUUUAAAACUAGGUCCUGUGGUACCUACAGAACAGCAUCUGAGCACUCCCCCCAAAAAAUCAUUCAUUGUGAAGUGUUUCAAGUCAGUUUUAUAUAAAUGCUCAUUUUUUUAAUAUAAAAGAUUCCCACAAACAGAAGACGCUUUGCUUUUUGAAAAGAACUCAGAAGAAAUUCUUUUGAAGUGGUGGGGGGGUGGGGAAAGAAUGCAAUUCCUGAAAGAAAAACAAUCACUAGUCCACAUGUGGUAUAUGAUGAAAGGAGAAACCUUGUAGCAGUUUUAAUGAUGGUUUAUGAUAUGGAAAAAAAUUACUAUUUUUUUCCCUAAAUUAUUUCAAGUAUCAUGCAUAGCUUGAACCUGUGUGUUUGCAAGGAGGCUUUAUCUAUUUCUUUUCCGUGUAGAAAGAGAGAGAACGGGGGUUGGUGAGGGUGGGGGGAGGGAGUAGAGGAAAAAAAGUGCUUGAAGCUUAGAGUUGCUUUUCCCAAAGAGAAAACAGCUGUUUAACUUUGGGGUUCAAUAAAUUAGAUUUGUUUAUUUGCUAAUCUAAAUCCUAAAAGGUGUAGGUAGGAUCUGUGCUUAAGGUGUGUAUAAACAUUUUUUUUUGUAGCUUGGCUUUUAUUUGGAGCUCUCAGGAACUUGGGUUGAGGGUAUGUUUGUAUUAAUUUGCACUCUCUGGUGGUUUUAAUCAGCAGUUUAUAACGAGAAGGGGGAAGAUAAAAGAUAUUUUUAUGUCAUAUGUAUCCAGAUGCGUGAAAGGCUACAUUAUAGGCCCUGGAUAACAGUACAUGUAACGUACUUAACCUGUCAAAGCAGGGUUUUCUGCCUUUGUUCAGAAAUAUUUGUGUGCUGUGCACCGACUACAGUGUGCUUUAAUUUCUUUCUGGAAUUUUCCUUCCUUUUUAGUUUUUUUUUGAUGAAUUGUGUUUGUGCCAAUGCAGCAGUGACCAUAUUGCCAACUUCACCAGACGAACUCACCUAUUAACAUAACCUACAGCGGUGGGACAGACUAUCCCAGGGAACAAAGCUUGCCAGUAGAAUUGGGUGAACUGCCACCUUCAUUCAACCACCGACCCCCCCCCAAAACCCCCAAGAGGCGUGACUUCAGUUAGCCAAGAUCAAUAUUACAUAGUUUUAAAAUGUUUAAUUUGAAUAGGUUAGUUAUUAAACCUAUUUUUAAAAAAUAUUGGUGUGAUUAGUAAUUUAACAUCACAAAAAUUGAUGAUGAAAAGAUAUUGAGGUUUUAAUAGUAAGUGAACCUUUAGAAUUUACUUUACCUUAUUCCUAAUGGUAGCUCUUAGUUACACAAAAAGCUUAGAAAAUUGCCCUUCUUUACAAAUUUUUCUUUCAAAAACUUCAUCUUUUUUUCCAGUACUGAAUUCAGCUUCACCUUCAUCAGAGUUCACCUUCACUUUGUGACUAGCUCUGAUUGGGGAGGGGUGGGUGGUCAUCCUGAAGUUGGAAGUCUCCAGACCUACUGGUAAGCCUCAUUUCUGUAAAAACAAUCGUGGAACUCUGAGAUCCAUAAACUUGUGCAUAGUGUGGUGUCUGCGAAUGGUUUAUGCAAUUAUUGCACAAAAAACACAUUGUAUUGAGCCCACCUGCUUAGAGCAACUGUUAUCGAAUGUCUGGAAAUCUCCACGUUCACCAAAUAGCAACAAAUUCUGCUCUGUUGCCAUUACUUUUUCUGCAGUUUGGAAAUAAAACUUCAUUGAAAGCUGUUUCAUUACCCACCCCCUUUGUGAUAUGCCUUCUGUAGGGAAUUAAGUACUUAUUUUGGUGAUUCAUAAUAUUUAACAUUCAGUAUUAGCUGUUGAUUUUGCAGGUUAUCUCCUCUGGGUAAAUUGGACGAAAGGACAAUUUGGUCCUUUUCAUGACCUUGGACCCAAAUAAAUCAGGGCGAAGUCAGCUGUCUUUUCUAGGUUAACAAUUACAUUGUAACCAGGAACCUUUAGAGUUGAUCAAGGAAUAAAUGAAACUGAUUGAAGUAAGAAAUGCACGCAAACGGUCUGCAAGAAAUGGAAUGGUUAGCAUCUCAUCCCGUAGAAUUCCAGGUGCUGUCUGUGCUUGUCACAGAUGCAGAACAUAUGGUCUGUGUCAAUGCUCCCUGCAUCAUGCAGCUAUUAGCGUUGGUGCUGAACACAGUGGUAAACCAACAUUGAGAUUUCGAAGCUAUAACACUGUUUUUAGAAUUGAUUUUUCAGUGGCGAUUAUCAGGUUUAAUGCUAAAAUCAGACAUAGGAACAAGGGUAGGCAAUUCAGCCCCUCGGACCUGUUCUACCAUUCGAUUUGAUUCGACUGAUCUGCACUUCGCUCUAUUUAACUGCCUUUGCCCUGUCCCUUGAUGCCUUUACCUAACAAAAGCCUAUUGAUCUCGAUCUUGAAAGCCCAAAUUGACCUAGCAUUCACAGUCUUUUGAGGGAGAGAAUUCCAGAUUUCCACUAACCUUUAUGUUAAAAAGUGUUUCCAAAUUUUGAGAAUGUUUAGCUGUGUGGGAUAAUGGUUUAAUCUGUAGGAAUGUAUUACUUAUAUAUUCGACAUGUAUUUCAGUCGAUUGGCAACUUUGGAAAGUAUUAUCUUUUAUGGCUUAAAACCAAUUAGACUUGGAUUGAAAUCUUUAGUACAGUCUGAUGCAACGUUAGAUUGCCUCCAGCUCUUCCCCCAGUUCUAAUGUGGUGUCCUGUUGCCAAAAAGGUGUCUGAAUUUGAAAGAUCUGCCUGUUAUAUAUGAAAAAGAGUGUCAACAAAGCAUGUUCAUAAUUAAGUUUGCAAAACAAAAAGCUUUCUACUCCGGUAUCUGUUGAGCAGUGUUUUCUGCCUGCUCUUUGCCAAGGGUGUUGGAUGAUUCAUACAGAUGGACAACUCCACUGGUGUUUGCAGUUCCCUGCUGUCUGCCUCAAGUGGCUGAAGUUUUGACACAAACUUUAACAUUGGCUGUGACGUCUUAUCCUCAAAAUGCCUGUUGACAAUCAAAGUUACAGAACUUUAUGGCAGGGGUUACAAGAUAACCAGCAGGAGUGAGAAUUGUGGUUGACUUUUUCUGCCCUGUCCUCUGUGGCUCAGGCAUGCUGCCACUAUUUACAGCACUGGAAUCAAAUCUGACACGUGGCUCUGUAAUGCAACAUGUGGAUUUAUUCACUGAACCAUUGGGAGAGAUCUGCCGAGUAGGAUUUUAAUUCCUGUCCUGAAUAAAAAGGUGUGUCUUUCACCAUGUGGCUAAAAGUAAGGAUCCCUGAUCCAAGUACUGUAUCUUACUCCAGUGUACUUUCACAACAUGUUUCUGGGUGGAUUUACAUUGUGACUACAAUGACAAAGAAUUCAGAACUUUAAACAUUAAAUAUCCUCAGCCUUUGGCAUUCUUCCAUCA